AAAAAUUAAAGAUCCUUAUUCUAAAUAAUGCAUCAUUUGUUGAUGAGUACCAUUAUUGCCACUGGCGGAUAUCGGACAUUUCUGAAGGCUAUCCUAAUUUAGAAAUCUUUUCUGUCCGUAGAAAUUAUAUCAAUGAUUUUCGAACUUCUCUAAACGAAACUCCACUCCCAAAACUGAAAAUCCUAGAUCUUUCCGGCAACAAAAUAAAAAGUACCAGAUUUGUAAAGUAGUUGCCAAAUAGUUUACACUUUCUUGAUCUCCACGAUAAUUUGCUCACUUCUUUGGCUUUUGAUAAAAGACAAGUAAAUUUAUUGGCACUAAACUUGAAUAACAAUAAUCUAAAAUAUUUGAAAAAGUACAAUGAUUCACAUCAUUUGUAUAAUCAGCACGACAGUAUAAUCGAUAUAAUCAACAUUGUGAUAAAAAAUAUAAUCAAUAUGAUCAGUAUAAUUCGCAAAAUCCGCAAAAUUCUGGUCUAAUGAUGGCUGGUCUGGAAAAUCUACAUUAUCUUUCCAUUUCCGGAAACAACAUUGAUUUUAUUGAAUCAAACGCUUUCGAGGACAUUAGCAAGUUAGUUUAUUUGAACUUAUCCGUAAAUAAAAUAAUUUAUUUGCAUUCAGAGACAUUUGAAAAAUUGCAGUCUUUGAGAUCGCUCGAUUUGAGUUUCAACGAGCUCGAGGAUGUUCCGCAGACCUCAAGUGAAACAAUAAUCAGCAUUUUGUCUAUUAAUUGUAACAAUUGUAAGAAUAUAAUUUCAAACGCUUUCGUACAAAUGCCAAAAUUGACGAAAUUGUUAUUGAGGGGGGAUCAGAUCGACGAGAUUAAUGUUAAAGCAUUUGCUUAGCUUUCGUUUUUAGAAAUAUUAGAUCUGUCGAAGAACGAAUUAAGUUUUUUACCGAAAGGAUUAAGUGAAUCUUUAAAAUAUUUAAAUUUGAACGAUAAUCAGUUUACGUCGCUAGAAUCUUUAUCCCUGACAAAUGUGUUACCAUUAAUGCAAGUGUAUCUGGUGAUGAAUCCACUGGAAUAUUUAGAUAUUAGCUACUUCAAGAACUUGCCGCAGAAUCUUACCGUGAAUUUAAUGCAGAGAUCAAAUUUUGUAUACUGGAAUUCCGACAGAUGCGGGCCGAGAAAAUAAUUUUCUUAUAUAUAAUCAUCAUUAUUAUAAUUAUUAAUAGUCAUUUUAUAUUCAUAAUUUUUAGUUAUUAAUACCAAUUAAUCACGU